AUGUUCUCUGCGUUCUUUCUUCAAGAAAGCUUUGGAAAGUAUGGUCAGAAAUUCAAUACUCAGCAGAGAUGUGCAUGCAAUGACUUUUUGUAUCGGUGCACCUGGGUUGUCUGCCGAUUUUCGCCUCAUUCGGAACCGUUGCUUUACCUCGGUGACGAUGAAGGAAAUAUUGGAAUAGUUGAUGUCACGUCUGUUGUUGGACCUGAGCACUCUACUCAAACCAAGAUGAUACAAUGUUUUCCUGCCCACGAGGCUACAAUCAUGGACGUGAUUGGUGUACCAAACUGUCCGAACGGCCUUCUCUCUUUAUCGGGCGACACCACAGUGCGGUUAUGGGAUUUACAGCACCAAAAGUCAACACUAUAUUACGGUCAUGAAAUGUCUGUUCGUAGCGCUUGCUUCGCUCCAAACUGUGUUUUCGUAACUGGUGGACGAGAUGGCCAAAUUCGCCUGUGGGAUACUAGAACAAGCAGUUUUCAAAAACAAGGACAGCUAGUUAAAAAGCCUGUGAAUGUCUACAGAAAUGCUCAUGUUGUAAAAGGUAAACUUAAAAGUAUGACGCCAUCGAAAAAAAAAUCCUUUUCUCUGCGACUCUCCGGCCGUCUAGAAAAAGUGGAACCACCGAGUGUAACAAGUCUCCUAUACGCAAGCGAGUACACUAUUGUCUCAGCCUCAUCUAAUGCAAAAAGCAAGGAUGCAGGCAAACAGUCAACUUUAUCAAAACCUUCAAUGGUUUCUUCUUCAGGAGUUACGAGCCUUUGCCUCGACCGUUACGGGAGCUCACUGUUUGCAGCUGUAACGGAUAAUUGCAUAUAUGAAUAUGGAAUAUUAACGAGCAAUACUAAACCA